CCAGGCAAGCAGGAGGCUAGUGAUCAAGUGAAGACCUUUGGGGUCCCUGAGGAUACCAAGUGGUUAGAAAUUACGUCAGAACGAGAUGGAUGCUCAGGUGAAGGGUUCCUGGCAAAGUGCAGCAUCUAGAGUAGAGCAGGGAACACUCCCUGCCUGCUAAAGUGACCAACCGCGCAGUUAGAAGUGAAGCAAUUGCGGGGACUCUGUGGUAGGGCCGUGAUCUGCUUCUGGUCUGGGAGCAUUAGCACUGCUCCGACCGCCUGUGUGGUCCACGCCUGUCAUGCCAUCCGGCUGAGGGUCUGGCCUCCGAGGAGAAGGCAGAUCCUGAGCACCUUGGGCCCCUGGGAGCUCGAGGGACUUGGCCAGCCAUAGCUGGAAGGACCUGACCCAGGACUCCCGAGGCCAGUUUCCCGGCCCUCACACCGUCCUGCUCCUCCAGCCCCGCCAGUGUAACAAUUACGUGCAGCGCGCCUUCGUUGAGGAGCACCGGGGUCAGAGCUCUGAACCAAAGGAACAAAGAUUGUCAAAAACUCAGGCCAUGAGCAGUAGGAGCAGAGAAAAAAAGACCUAAGGAUGUUCAGCUGAAAGGAUCCUGCCCAGCCUCCAAGUAUAUGAGCUAUUCCGUAGCAUAUCCAAGUCUGUCCUCCUCUUAUUUGCAAUAUUUAUCAAGCUGUGAUUAGCUCUGUGACCAGUACUGUGCUGGAAGCCCUGGGCACUUCAUAGUCUCAUAGUUGGGCAGGUAAAUACCCCAAGAAAUGCCUGUGGAAUCACACGUAGCAAAGCUAGGGGCCGUGAAGUUAUGAUUUGUUAUCAAUCAGUGUUGGAUUUGCACCCCUCGUUUAUGUACCUGGGGUCACAUAGAAAUUCCUUGAGUGAAAGAGGUCGUGAUUGGGCAGCCAAGCCCUUCCUUCUAUAGAGGAGGCUGAGCGAUCAGUCUGACUGGCUGGGGAGCUGCAUCCAGGGCUUCCUGACUCCAGGGGCAGGGAGUCACUACACCGUGGCCCUUGAUACUAAGUGAUAGCAGCAGGAUUGGCUCAGAAGAGGGAGAGAUCAUUGGAGUGGUCAGGGGAGACUUUAUUGAGCAGGACCAGUAAUCGGUCAUUUGGAUUGGCCAAGAGAAGGCUGGAGGCUACUGAACCAGCAGAAACCAGGCCUCUGCGGAGGGACUUGUGGGAGAGAGAUACAGGUUGGCAUACUGCCUGAGCCUUGAGAAGAAUGGACAGUUUGUUCAGGACAGGGCUAUUGUUAGAUUAAGCUACAAAGAUAGGGGGCAGAGAUCGUAAUUGUAACUAAACUGAACUCUAAAAACAAAAAAAAGGAGCUUAAAUUAUAUCCCAGAAAAUGGAGAUUCGGUGUCAAGAAACCUGGAAGCACCAGCUACUUCACGGGAAAGUCAGGAAAUACUGAAAUCUCGUUUUACGGCAGGGUAAGGCCAUCUUGCUCAAGGAGGGUGUAUGGAUUUUAAGUUUUUCUUUGAAGACUGGGUCCCCCCUUUUCACAGAGGCCAGGAGGUAAAGAGGCACUUGUGGGUCUGACCCACUCAUGCUGAUGUCACUCAUGGGCCUGAUUCCGUGCUGCUGCCAAGCUCCACCUUCCUGAAACUCCCCAGCCCGCGCUUCCUGGGGCGCCUGCAUCCUCCACCCCCAGAGCUGGCCGAAGUAGGAUUCCAGCUUUAGCUCUACUACCGCACUACCAUUGACAAAACACCUACUAAGUGCCAGGCUCUAGGCUUAGGAGAUAAAGACAAAAGAUAGCUCCCAGACCUGUGGGGGAGGCUACAAGCAAUGACUGUGCAAACAAUAGAAAAAUAGACAGAAUUGAUUGGGGAGAGUCUCCAAAGGAAGGUUCUCGGAUUAAGGAGAUCUGGGGAAAACUUCUUGCCAACAGUAGGACUUUGGCUGGGACGUGAAGGAGGAUUGGGGAGGUAAGAAGAGGGCCAGGUUAUUGAGGGGCUUUAAAAGCCAAACAGAAGAUUUUAUAUUUGAUUCUUGAGGUAAUAGGGAGCCACUACAGUUGAUUGGAUGGGAGGAGAGAGAUAUCUUGGCAGCUAUAAGUGCAGGACAAACUAGAGUAGAGAGGAGCAGAGGGGAAGAGACUUGAGGCUGAGGCCUUUUGCCAGGUUAGAGUCUUGUAUGACAUGAUAAGGCCUGUACCCUCUACCUGGGACCAUGUCUCAGGAGAAAGGGAAAGCAUAUGGGAGACCACAUUUGGCAAAUGAUUGGCUCUAGAGGCUGAGCGAGUUGUCGAGGAUGGCUGGUUUGUGAGCUUGGGGACUGGAACAGUGGGGGUACCCUCAACCGUAAAGGGGAAGUUAGGAAGAGGAAGGUUUGGGAGAAAGGUAAUGAGUUAUGUGAAGUCAGCAGAGAAGUUAGGGCAGAAAAGGUAAGUUUGGGAAUUAUUUGCAUCAAGGUUGUCAUUAAGUCUAUGGCAGCCAAUGAGAUCCCCAAGGGAGAGAGUAUGGAGGAAGAAGAGCAGAGGGCCCGGGAGUUCCCACUGAAGCCACUGACCUGCCCCGUGGACACCACAAGAGACAUACAUUGCCUGCCUGCUUCAGAUGGAGCCCGUGAACUAUGAGCGAGUGAGAGAGUACAGUCAGAAGGUCUUGGAGCGCCAGCCUUCCAACGCCAAGGCCCUGUACCGGGCAGGGGUGGCCUCCUUUCACCUGCAGGACUAUGACCAGGCCCGACGCUACCUUCAGGCCGCCACUGACCGGCAGCCAAAAGAUGCCAAUGUCCGGCGAUACCUGCAGCGGACAGAAUCAGAACUAAGCAGCUACCACCAAAAGGAAAAACAGCUUUACAUGGGCAUGUUUGGUUAGCCCAGAGCCAAAGCCUUCUUUAGCCCUCCUUGGAGUCCCCAUGCCCUCCUCCCCAGCCUCCCCGACCCGGAAGCGGGGACUUCAAACAGUCCACCUGUGAUAUACCUCAGCUGGCCUUGGGUUCCCAGCCCUGCACAAACCCAUCCUCUUAGGCAAUCUGAAUCGUCCUCUUCCUCACCGUCUCUGUGUCCAGCAUCACUGUUGUAGCCUUGUGGAGUUUUAUUAUGGGGAACCCCAGAACAAGCCUCCUAGAUACAGAUCUCAGCGAACCACACAUUCCAAGAAAUGGAUGGGGGAGACCCAUCUGUCCGCAGGCUUUCACAGGGCUGGCAAAAGGUGGUGUAGGACGGCUGUCUGGAACCAGGCUUCUGCUCUACCUCCCUAAAGAUCCAAGGCAGCGGAAUCCUGUUGGACAGUUGGGGAUGAUGGGUGUUUGGAUGGUGUCAAGGGACGCCUGAUAGGCUGCAAUGCUCUUUCUGGGCCACAGUCAUUCUUUUUUUCAUGAUAAUUGGAAUCAGAGAUUAGACCCAACUAUAUUAAAACUUAACAUUAGGACGAUCAUUUUUCCCCCCUGGGUCACACUGAUGCAACUCUCUGAUGCCCCAGGACUAAUGAUUGUUUACCUGACUGUGACACCUGAGCCCUGCUUUUUCCCUUCUGGUCUCUGCUUCUGCUUUCUACACAAUAAGCAUUUCUUGCUGAAGUCUGUGUGAGCCUCAGAAAUGAACCCCAUUCAUUCAACUACAGUAGCCAAGUGACCACACAAAGCUGGCCUCUAGGGAAAUGGCUGAAGCGGUCUCAGUCCAUCCCUAGCCUUCCAGAACAUUGUUCUCUGUCCCCUAGUAGUCCCUGUAUUUUUUUCCAAGUGCCUCUCUCCCUCCAAGGACUUGAAGGACAGAAAAAGGGGAUGAGAAGCCCCCAGGAUACCGGGGAUGCACAAAGGGCGGGCUGCUGUGGCCCUCAGUGCUUCUCUGAUCAGGUUGUGAGCCUGUUUUUUUUUUUUUUCAUAAUUGACUGAAUACAAUUGCUUUCCUUUGUAAUCCUGUGUAUUUAAAAACCUCAUUUCCAGUUGGUGUGCUUGCUCUGUGGUUGGUGGUGGUGGUGGGGGUUCUUUAUCAGGCCCCUAUACUGUUCAUUGGGUCCUAUGCAAAGCCAGAACAGACGGCUGUUUGUGGCAAGGCUCUUACGGGUCAGGGGGUGUCAUCUCACACGUCACACAAUCUACACUCAUCUUCGUGCUUGGAAAGGCUCAUGUUCCUGCUGCUAAUGUAGGUGACCACCUUUACACACCUGCUGAAAGCGUUUGGCCCAAAGAUUCACUCACUGGCAGCUAGACUCAUGACGGAAGCGUGGCUGGACCCAAGCUCGGUCUACACUCAUCGGCCGAGGGACGCUUCCAUACUACGGCAAGUCAAUAAAUCCUGGGAAAUCUG